CAUAAUAACAAGUUAAAGCGAACUCGGUGCGCACGUUAACACUUGGCGUGAAAGUUGCGAUUUGUCUCAAUAAAAAACACAAGUGGAUAAAUAAAGAGUGCAAUGCAUCAUUGAUAAAAGGGUCGUGUAAGGAGGAUUGAAAAACAACACAAAGCAAAUUUUAAGCAUAAAUAAAAAACCUCUGGGCAAAAAUGACGGAGGAAAAUGAUAAUAAACCCAACGAUGCCGUUGCCCAAGGCACGGAACCAGAAAGAGCUGGAUAUGGAAAAUCGGCGACCGAUGAAAUUCAUGAGCUUACAACAAUUGGCGAUAAUUCACUGGCGAAUCCGAUUGAACUUAACACUGGCCCAGCUGAUAAGAAAAUUACUGCUUCGGGCAAUGGCGGUAGCUUCCAUGCUUCCAAUGUUUCUGAAGCAGAGGGACAAGUUCAGAAACUACCUUUUCCGAAAUCAAUAUUCUUUAUCAUUGGUUAUGAGCUUUGCAGAGGUUUCCAUUCCUAUGGAUUGCGAACCAUUCUGGUGUUGUAUCUGAGUCGGCAGCUUGAUUAUGACGAUGACACCACUACCGUUAUAUUCCAUGUCUACUCUAUGAUUGGAUACUUCCUGUGCGUCUUUGGUGCCAUUAUCUCGGAUAGUUGGCUUGGUAAAUUCAAAACGAUCUUUUAUCUUUCGUUCAUCUAUGUUGCUGGUUCAGCGUUGGUUACUCUUGGUGCGGUGCCACCGUUGAAUUUGCCUGCUACGACAUUUACCAUGGUCGGUUUGGGAUUAAUGUCUUUGGGUUCGGGUCUCGUAAAACCAUCCAUCUCCGCUUUUGGUGGUGAUCAGUUUAAAUUACCCGAACAAGUGAAGCAAAUGACCACCUUUUUCUCAAUGUACUACUUUGUAGUCAAUGCUGGUUCAUUGAUUUCGAUUACAGCAACACCAAUAUUACGCGAUGAUGUACACUGUUUCGGCGAAAAGGACUGCUAUUCGCUGGCUUUUGGCUUACCAGCUUCAUUUGUGGUUAUCUCGAUAGUUGUCUUCGCGUUGGGGCGUCCCCUUUACAAGAACAAACCACCGGCAGGAAAUAUGGUCGUGUUAGUCAGCAAAACCAUUGGUAACGCAAUUGCUACCAAAUGGCGUGAGAAGAAGACCAAUCCUCGUGAACACUGGUUGGACUAUGCCGAUAAGAAAUAUGACCGUCAAUUAAUCGAAGAUGUCAAAGUGUUGAUGCGUGUUCUUGUACUCUAUUUGCCCUUACCCGUUUUUUGGGCGCUUUUCGAUCAGCAGGGUUCACGUUGGACCAUUCAGGCAACGCGUAUGGAUGGCGAUAUGGGCUCAUGGAAUAUAAAACCUGAUCAAAUGCAACUGAUAAAUCCUUUCUUAAUUCUGGCUUUCAUUCCGCUUUAUGAACUCGCUUUCUACCCUCUGCUUGCUUUCGUCGGCAUUCGUCGUCCAUUGCAAAAGUUAACACUAGGUGGCAUUUUUGCGGGCAUAGCUUUCAUUGUUUCCGGUCUUGUGGAGCUAAGCCUUGAGGACACCUAUCCCAUUCUGCCAACAGCUGGAAAUGCGCAGCUUCGUGUCUACAAUGGCGAAAACUGUAACUAUGCCAUCACCUCUAAUUUGACCGAUUUAAAUUUCGACAUUGCUUCGCUCGACAUGUUUGUGAACCGCAGCAUCAAUAUUGACUCGACGAAUCAUUUGUAUGUCGAAUUUGAGUUCACCGAGAAAGCCGGUCUAAACUGCUUUGCAUUUCCAAAGCAGACCUUUGUUUUCGAUACAACAACAGCACAUUAUUUGUUUUUGAAUUCGAAAAACACCACACAUCCGUUAAUAUGGGGGAAAGACACUAUAAGUAAACCCAGUCGCGGUUAUCCGUUUGUACGUACUUUAGCAAACGUUCAGGCAGGUCGGCAAAUUGAGUGGAGAACUAAGAAAGGCUCCAUCGAGCACACAGAACCCGCCAAUUUGCGCAACGAAACCGAGCUGAAGUCUGGCGGUUAUGAAAUUUUCGUUGAUAACACACUAGCUGCCGCCGAGUAUCUCAAAGUUGGUGGCAGAUACACAGUUAUAAUAAACGAAGAAACGACUGGUGUUUAUAAAAGUAAUGUUGUAAUUGUAACGGAACCAAAUUCGAUGUCUAUUUUCUGGUUAAUUCCUCAAUACGUAAUUAUGACACUCGGCGAGGUUAUGUUCUCUGUGACUGGCCUAGAGUUUUCAUACGCGCAAGCUCCAGUGUCAAUGAAGUCGGUACUGCAAGCAUGUUGGCUACUUACAGUUGCCUUCGGUAAUGUGAUCGUCGUGAUUAUCGCCGAACUGAAACUUUUCGAUUCACAAGCCGACGAAUUCUUCCUCUUCUCUGGUAUUAUGUUCGUCGAUAUGAUCAUCUUCAUGUUUGUUGCCUAUCGGUACAAACCAAAUAAUCCCAACUCACAAAGCGAAGCCGAGCCAUUGACGCCGGCGGAAACUAACGAGAAGGUCGGCAUUGACAGUGUGGCUAAAAGUAUUGGCGAGUAGGCUGAAUAUCUUUACGUUGAAUCGUAGAAGUAAAUAUGUAAUUUAAUGUUAAUAUGAGUAUUAGUUUUAGACUUGGUGAGUUUAUAAUUUACGGCAUAGGUAGUAAAUAUAUUAUAACAAUAGUCGUAAUCAAUAACAACAA